AUGGCCAAGCCUGUUCGUGAUGUUGUUUUGUACAACCCAAACAUCCCAUGCUUGAGACCUGCUCCUCGAGACCCGAAAAUGUCGAGUACCGGGCUCGCACCAGUCUUUGCUCGCAAACAUCAAGGCUUCGCGCUUCCGAGAUCGGCACUUCCUCCUGCUGGUCGCCGUGGCAGGAAACUCCAAGUCCGUCGCAGCAAUGCAGUGGUCUACAAUCCAACCAAGCCAACUCUGGCGGGUUUACCCAAUGAGGUCCUUGACAUGGUCUUUGAGAAUCUGGAUGUUCCCUCUCGCAUCUCCCUCGGCCUCGUGAACAAGUUCUUUGCCAGCAUGAGCCAGAAUGUGUCUACCGAUCUCACUGACCAGCCGUCUGUUGUUCGGUAUCACGAGCACUGCCAGGCAUUACCAUGCUUGUAUACAAACCAUAUUUCGGACAGACGAAUACUACUCCUGCAACUCAAAUCGUGGAUGCCGCGAGGGUUUCGUCUUUGCUGGGUCUGCUUGAAAUACACCAGAAUUACCAGAGACAAUGCCAACACCUGGACCUUCACAACCCGUGUCCGCUUCGAUGGUUUUUGUCGCCUCAAUUUGCUGGCAUUGAUCGAUCUCCGCGACAUCCAUGCUCACAAGAGCUGCUGCAGAGGCGGCAUCGAACUGGCAAGCUAUGCGAACCACACUCCUGGCGCCUCGGGUGGUUUUAUUCGCUUCGGCCAGAUUCAUGCGCCCCCAUCAGGUGUCCACAUCUACAAUGCUGGCUUUUAG